UUGACAGACACAACAGUACAACUUUGUAGUUAGAAUUAGAAUGUCAUUCUGUCUUUUUUACUGAACGUUUUUUCCAUUUGGAUAACUUGUCAAAAGCCAGGUAGCUUUCCAGCUUUACAUUAUCAUAGUAUUUAGGAUUUACCUGUUGGGAUCAAAAUGGGUUGCACACUAAGUGCCGAAGAUAAAGCUGCCAUGGAGAGGAGUAAAAUCAUUGAUCGGAAUCUGAGAGAAUCAGGCGAAAAGGCUUCAAGUGAAGUCAAGUUGUUGCUUCUAGGUGCUGGGGAGUCUGGGAAGAGCACCGUUGUAAAGCAGAUGAAAAUCAUCCAUGAGGAUGGCUACACACAGGAGGAGUGUAGCCAGUACAGGGUUGUGGUUUACAGCAACACCAUCCAGUCCAUCAUCGCCAUCAUCCGAGCCAUGGGCAGGCUCGCCAUUGACUUUGGGGACACAGCAAGAUCAGAUGAUGCCCGCCAGCUCUUUACCUUGGCCAGCUCAGCAGAGGAAGGGGUCAUGACCCCUGAACUGGCUGGGGUCAUCAAGAGGUUAUGGCAGGAUGGAGGGGUCCAGAUUUGCUUUGGCAGGUCCAGAGAGUACCAGCUCAACGACUCAGCCUCAUAUUACCUGAAUGACUUGGACAGGAUAUCCCAGCAGAACUAUGUGCCCACGCAGCAGGAUGUUCUGCGGACAAGAGUCAAGACCACCGGCAUCGUGGAGACACACUUCACAUUCAAGGACCUCUACUUCAAGAUGUUUGAUGUGGGGGGUCAGAGGUCAGAGAGGAAGAAGUGGAUCCACUGCUUUGAGGGAGUCACAGCUAUCAUCUUCUGUGUGGCGCUCAGUGACUAUGACCUGGUGCUGGCUGAGGAUGAGGAGAUGAACCGUAUGCAUGAGAGCAUGAAGCUUUUUGACUCCAUCUGCAACAACAAGUGGUUCACGGGCACCUCCAUCAUCCUCUUUCUCAACAAGAAGGAUCUGUUUGAGGACAAGAUCCAGAAGAGCCCGCUCACUAUCUGCUACCCAGAGUACUCAGGUCCAAACGCAUACAAAGAGGCGUCAACUUACAUUCAGUGUCAGUUUGAAGACUUGAACAAGCGGAAGGAUACAAAGGAGAUCUACACCCAUUUCACUUGUGCUACUGACACUAAGAACGUGCAGUUUGUCUUUGACGCUGUCACUGACGUCAUUAUCAAAGCCAGCCUGAAGGAGGUUGGCUUGUACUGAGACUCCUGCAACAUCUGUCUGUCAUCAUAGGGGCGGGAGUGUGUUGGAAUCUUCUCACGCAUUUACAAGUGGGAAUCGCUCAUUGCCAUUGACAGUCCACAUCUAUGAUUGGCUAUUGGAAAGGUUCAGUGUUUCAACUGCAGAAGUAGGCUGCAGAGUACAUAGGGGUUGUUAGACCAUAUACUGUUGCCAUAAUGUAUGAUGAAUCCUUGGAUAUUUCAAGACAAGAUUACAUAGGCCACUUAUGUGCUUUUGCCUUUCUAUACUGUUGUUGUGGAUUCAUGGCUAUGGACUUACAACUUAAAAAGUGAGUUUGUUAUUGCCAAAUUUCGGUCAAACAUUCUGCACUUAGGCUUUCAGCGUUCACUUUAAAGGGUUAAAAGGUAUUAAUUACAUAUUAAAUGUUGAAUAGGAUAUCAACUAUUAUGCAUUUUCUGAGUUUUGAUAACUGUCUUUAUAACUAAGUCUUUCUUACAGUAUAAAUGGUCAUGGCCUUGUACACUAGUGUUAAGUAUUUUUAAAAAAUACUUAUCUCUUGGUAAUGUUAAUAUGCUGAAUUCUUAUUUUAAUUCAUCACUAUUCAGAUCGUUACAUAACACUUAAGUAGUUUACUGGCUGUAAACCAACUAUAUGAGAUUAUUUUUCAAAUGAUAUCACUUGAUGUUUUAAACCACUUUUAAAGAAUGCGUUUUUGUAAUGGUUGCUUGACUUGGAUUAUGUUGCCUAUUUGCUUUGGAGUAUCUUUGUAUAUAACUAUUUGUAUAAAGAUUAUGGCCUUUCACUUAGUGGCCUUAUUAGAAACUAUAAGUAUUUGCCAUUGAAAUGCUCCUUUUUAUGUUAAUCACAUUGCCAUUUGGACAUUUACAUGAAUGUUCCUUUGAUUAAAUUGAAUGUGUGCCAAA